AUGAGCAGGAAGUUGAGGAGUGCGGUGUGGAACUAUCGCCGCCUCAUCCUCGUCCUCCUCACGCCGCCGCUGCUGCUUCCUCUUCCUCUGCUGCUCGGCACCAAGGAGGCCCAAUGUGCCUUCGUGCUUCUGCUGAUGACCAUCUUCUGGAUGACUGAGUGUGUCCCCCUCGCCAUCACCGCCAUGUUGCCCGCCAUCUUCUUCCCCGCCUUUGGCAUCAUGGACUCCUCCACCGUGGCGAUGGCCUACUUCAAGGACUUCCACUUCCUGUUGGUGGGCGUCAUCUGCCUGGCCACAUCCAUCGAGAAGUGGGGUCUCCACAGGAGGAUCGCCCUGAGGCUGGUGACGGCUGUGGGGGUCAACCCGGCCUGGUUGAUGCUGGGCUUCAUGUGCGGCUGCGGCUUCCUCUCCAUGUGGGUCCAUAACACCUCCGCCGUUACCAUGGUGAUGCCCGUCGUGGAAGCCGUCCUGCAGCAGAUCCUGAGGGUCGGCGAGGGCGCGGGCGGGGACGACGACCGCGGUCUGCAACUGGAGGAGGUCCGCGUUGAGCAGGUGAAAGGAGGUGUGAGGGAUGAACAGAAGGUUUUAGAGGAAGAAUCAUCAUCAUCAUCAUCAUCAUCAUCAUCAUCAUCAUCUCCAGACGUAACGCAGGAUGACCACCAGGUGGCAGCACCCGCCAGCAGGAGUGCACGUGACAGCAUGAUUUGCAAGGCCAUGUGCAUCGGCGUGGCCUACGCCUCCAACAUCGGCGGCAUCGCCACCUUGCCGGGAACGUCGCCCAACCUCAUCUUCUCCGAGUAUCUUCAUCAGACUUACCCAGAAUGCAACUGCGUCCACUUCGGGAACUGGCUGCUGCUGUGUCUGCCCGUCAGCCUGCUCAUGAUGCUGCUCACAUGGGCGUGGCUCUGCUGGCUGUUCAUUGGCUCCGACGUGAGGUCGCUAUGGCGACGCGGAGGCGAGCGCUCGGAGAGAGAAAAGGCGACGAGUAAAGUCAUCGAAGACGAGUACCGAGCACUCGGACCUAUGAGCUACCAGGAGGCGUUCACUGUGGUGGUCUUUGUGCUGAUGGUCCUGCUGUGGUUGACCAGAUCCCCAGGCUUCAUUCCAGGCUGGUCUUCUUUCUUCUCUCAUCAUUCCGACUACAUCACCGACGCCACCGUGGCGCUUCUCCUGGGACUCGUCUUCUUCCUGGUGCCGGCCUACGGACCCUCGCGCAGCUAUGAGACCAUGAUCUCCUGGGAGGACUUCCAGGCCUCCAUGCCUUGGAAAGUGGCCCUGCUGGUGGGUGGAGGCUUCGCUCUGGCUGAGGGUACGAAGGAGUCAGGAUUGUCUCGAUGGGUCGCCGAGCUGCUCUCGCCGCUGGGCAGCCUCCCCGUGUUGGCAACCGUCGCCGUGGCUUGCAUCAUCGUCACCACAGUAACGGAGCUGGCCAGCAACGCCACCACUAUCACCAUCUUCCUCCCCAUCCUCUCGCCUCUGGCUGAAGCCAUCCAGGUCAACCCUCUGUACGUGCUCAUCCCGGCCACGCUGUGCACGUCUUUCUCCUUCCUGCUGCCCGUGUCCAAUCCGCCCAACGCCGUGGUCUUCGCCUACGGACACCUGGACGUGAUGGACAUGGUGAAGGCGGGGCUCGGCACCAACGUGAUCGGCCUCCUCGCCGUCCUAUUGGCUGUGACCACGUGGGGCGUCCCUCUCUUCUCCCUGGACACCUACCCCGACUGGGCGCCGCCUCGCAACGCCACGGCACCGUGA